AUGGAUCCCUUUGAUAGACAAAAACGAAUUCAGGGCUGAAAACAAGAUUUAAUUGAUGAAGCAGUAGCUGUUUGCUUUGGAGUAGGAGGACUAGGUAGUGUUGUAUCAAUGAACUUGUGCAGAAUGGGUGUUGGGAGGAUUAUUUUAAUAGACAAAGAUAUUGUUGAAAUUCAUAACUUAAAUCGGCAGCUUUUAUUUUCAAUGAAAGAUGUGGGCAGACCAAAAGUUACUGCUGCUAAAGAAGCCUUAGAACUAGGCCACAACAUAAGAAGCCAAAUUGAAGAGCAUCAAAUUGAUAUUGUAGAGAAAUGGUCAGAUGUCAUCAGAAUUAUUCAAGGAGCAACAGUGAUUUUUAAUAUGAUUGAUUAUGGAGAUUAUUUUGACUAUGCAGCACAAAGUUUGGCUAUAAAACUAGGAAUACCUUUAAUACAAGGAGGCACUUUUGCUCAAAGCAUGUGUGUGGAAUAUAUUACAGCUAGAGGCCAGCCUUGUUUAUUAUGCGGAAGUGAUAAUGCGAGAGAAGAAAUUAUUGAUCAAAUCAGGCCUGAAGAGAUUUUGGAACUGGAAAAUCUGAACUUUUUGCCUAAAAACUCAAAUCCAAUUGGCCAAUCUAAUACUUAUUUAUGUGGAACGUGCGGAAUGCUCAUGACCGCCAAAUAUGGAGAGGGUAUUAUAAAUUCUGAAGAUGCCCAGAUAUCGAAUAGAACUUUAUUUUAUGUGAACACAAUGGAAAGCGUCAACUUUGGGAUAGAACCAAAGAUUGGAUGCAAGUUUUGCAAAUAUGAUGCAUAAGGAAGCGUGUCUUCACACUACGACUAAUUCCAAAAAUAGACAGUUUAAAAAAAUAGGUCAAAAAAUAGGCCCAACAAAAUAAUAGGUGAAACAAAAUAAAUAGGCAAAAAAAAUAGGGGGAAAAAAUAUGCAAAAAAAUGCCUAAAAAAAUAGGCUUAAAAAAAAUCGUUAUAGAAAAGGCGCCUUGUGAAGGAACCAUAA